AUGGACUCAGACUUGCAGCGUCCUCCUGUUCCCCUGUGGCUAUUGGUAUCGCCCACCGCUCUAGUUUCCCUCGCACUUAUGUGCAGAUCUGCCCUCGCACGCAAAGCCAUGUUCCUUCCAAUUGCAGGCAUUGCCCUCUACAUCACGACGAUUGGGAUGUCAAUCGGGGACUACGUUAUAGCUGGUGCAUUCACGGCCUGUGUCUUCGUGAUAUUCGAUCUCCUCGUGCUGACUGACGCGCACCAUGAGCUGCGUCUGGUAGACCAGGUCCCCCCCAGCGCGGGCUCCUUGCCUCUUUUCGCGCGCGCAAAGUGGGUACUGUGCCUCCUCACGAGCCCGCGUCUCAUUGGGUGGGCUAAUGAGCCCAAGAAUGGGAGCAUCCCCCCUCGCCCGACGGACACAUCCAGGAUCCGCUUCGCCGCUAGACAGAUCGUUUAUACCGCAUUUCACCUCCUCACUCUGAACAUCCUGAGCGCCACGAUGACUGGGCACAUGUCGCGAAAUGGACUGGACCCGGCGAGGAUGGGAUGGGGUUGGCGAUUGGUAGAUACGCUGCAAUAUGGCGCGACAACGUUGACCUGGCUGUCGGUCGCUCAUCGUGCGUGGACGUUGGCGCUCCUCUGUACAGGGAGGUGGGCGCCGUCCGACUUUCCGCCGAUAUUGGCAUCACUUGGAAAUGCGUAUACAUUGCGUAGAUUCUGGGGACGAACAUAUCAUCAAAUCCUCCGCAGGAUGCUCACCUCACACGGGAGGUUCGUCACCGACAAGAUCCUCCAUCUUCCCCGUGAAGCAAAGUUAACUCGGCGUUAUACCCAACUCUACGUUGCUUUCUUCAUCUCGGGCGUACUUCACCAUUGGGCUGAGUACCUGGUAAUCCAUCACCUUGGAGGCGGGAGCCUUCAGUUCUUUCUCUCGCAAGCACUUGCGAUCCAUUGCGAGGAUAUCGUGAUAUAUGCUGGGGGGAGAAUGGGGUUGAAACAGUCUCACGCUUCGGAGGUCGUCGGGUAUAUAUGGGUCUGGCAUUGGUUUACAUGGUGUGUGCCGGGCUCAUUGGACCCACUUGUUCGCCUUGGUAUGUUUAAGCAGCUGGGGGUGGAUGUAAAGGUGUAG